UCACUGUGUGCAACGAGUGCACCACGAUGUUUAAUUUAGUGAUUUAAGUUUACUGUAUGGAUAACAUGGUAUUAUUGAUAGGGCUACUGGUACUAGACAGCAGCACACAAUCGCGUACGACGCCGCUACAAUGGGUCGAGUGCAUGACUUGGCGCAGGAGGUCCACCCACCGCAACAUUUUGACCUUGCCUGGAAAGUGAAUCGUCCAUUCUUGGUAGUGCUUGGGGUCUUGCACGAGCACUUUCCACGACGGAUGUGCGUUGGCAUCUUCAAUGGGAAUCACAAAGCUGAUGUGGCCCAACUGCAUGGUUUCGUUGGACUGUUGGCACCACAGCCGGUGCUGGGGCUGGUCUACAACAAUGCAUUCCCGCCGCAACCUGGAUGCCGAGAAGAAAAACCCCGCGACUUCUUCCACGUGCAGCCAGUCCCUGCCCGUGAUUUCAUUGUCGUUGUUGCUUUUAGGGCCCGUCUCAACCCAUUUGCUCGGCUGAGUCCAUUGCCCGACUGACUUGAGGAGUCGCGGCAGCGCAUCCGAGAGAUGGUAGCCGCCACUGAAGGAGGUUGACGCUCCGCCUUCGUCCUCGUACUUCAUAUAUAGCCCCUUGGUUUGGUAAUGUAACG